AUGCCGACCUUGCCCUAUGUUUUCCUCGCCAUCUCCUACAGAGAUCUGACGUCUCCCAAAGAACAACCCUCGCGCGACGUCGAGCACGGCAAAGCGGCAGCAAUGCAAUUUCGCCCCUCAAGUCAUGACCAAGCAGGCGAAGACGACGAUCCAGGCGAUAAUGGCACUGUCUACAGAGAUGUUUUGUUGGACACUAAGAAGCCAUAUUGUUAUACGGAUCCACUGUAUCUUGGUGACGCAAAUGUUCUAUCUCUUGUGCUGGAUAUCUGCCAACACCCUCGCCCUUCUCAUUACAUGGUUCCACGUGGAGCUACGCGCCCACUCUCGCCGGAAGAAAGUACUUUCAUCGAGGCCGGAGGUUGCUACUCCUUCCCGGACAAAGAAAUCUGUGAAAGGUUGACGCAGGCAUACUUUAAGCAUAUCCACCCUAACCUACCUAUCAUGGAAGCGGGUCGCUUUAUUGCACGAUUUCGUGAUCGAGGCACAGAUGGACUUAAUCUGCUUCUUAUGUGGAGUAUGUUCUUUGCUGCAUCAAGUUUUGCCGAUGAGAAUCUAGUGAAAGGAGCCGGUUACAUUUCCCGCAAAGCCAUGAAGCGGGCUUUCUUCAAACGAGCAAAGAUUCUCUACGAUAUUGAUUAUGAGAGAGAUAAGAUCAUUCUCAUUCAAUCUGUGAUCCUCUUGAGUCACUGGUUUGUUGAUUCGGAAGAUCGAAAUGGACCUUGGUACUGGAUUGGAAUCGCCAUUAGUCUUGCCCAUACCAUGGGGCUGCAUCGAUCCUUGAAACAUCCGAGCCAGACGGACACCAGGGAUCCAGGCAUACACCAAAGCUUAUGGCGCUCGAUAUGGUGGUCAUGCUAUUUUCGCGAAGUCUGGAUCUCAUAUGGUAUGGGACGACCUAUGAGGAUACAUUCAAAUGAUGUCGAUGUCCCUAUGCCAACGGUCGAUGAUAUAAUGCGUCUUAGCACCGUUGAGGACAGACCGGAGCUCCAAGAAUACCUGCCGCGAGAUAUGUCUUCCCUUGCCGUGUGCUGGAUUAAACAUCUCCAUAUUGCAAUUUGUAUCUCGAAAAUUCAGUAUGUCCAUUAUGAGCCGACGAAGGAAAACCCAACGACGACGGAUAUCGCUAAGCACGAACAUGAACUCCUUCAAUGCUUCGGAGCGCACAGGAUUUCAGACCCGACAGCCAGCAUGGAACUGCAGUUGGCUACUCUCCAGAUUGCAGUCACUGAACAGUAA